UGUGGGAGAGACAGAAGCUACAGACUAGAGGCACACAAUAUGUGUUGGCUCUCGCCGAAAAGGAGGCAGUAUUCUUCAAGCUAAAUCAUGUAAUGUAAGCGGCGAAAGGAGAGCGAUUCCGUCUUUUCAUCAAUUAAAGAAAAAUCACUCGAUCGGACGAACCAUGUCCAAGCCAGGGGAGAGAAACAGAUUGAACGAAGACCAUGGCAGAAAGCAGAGUUCAAGUUUGGCGAACGGCAUGGACAGUCAUCCCGUUUGCGGCUCGGCGGAGAAGCGGAGUCACCACUGGAGAAGUUACAAGUUGAUCAUCGACCCGGCGCUGAAGAAGGGACCACACAAACUGUAUCGCUACGAUGGACAGACUUUCAGCAUGCCCAACCCUGGGAUUGCACCGGUGGAAAUCGUCCGGGAUCCGAGGAUCGGUCGUCUCUGGACUAAGUACAAAGAGACGGAUCUACCGGUGCCCAAAUUUAAGAUCGAUGAGUGCUACAUCGGCCCCGUGCCUCCAAAGGAGGUGACAUUCGCCAGGCUCAACGACAAUAUCAGGGAAGGAUUUCUCACCGACAUGUGCAAGAAAUUCGGGGAGAUCGAGCAGGUCGAGAUCUUGUACAACCCGAAGAACAAAAAGCACCUGGGAAUAGCCAAAGUUGUUUUUGAGACGGUGAAAGCCGCCAAAGUGGCCGUGCAGUCGCUGCACAAGACGUCUGUUAUGGGAAACUUCAUCCACGUGGAGCUGGACCCGAAAGGUGAAAAUCGCCUUCGGUACUUCCAGCUCCUGAUGAAUGGCACCUACACUCCGCAGACCCUGCCUGUCGGCGGAGAGGAGGCCAGAGAAGUUUCCCCUCGUAUCCUGGCAGAAGCCUUGCUGGCCUGCGAGCCCAUCCGCAGGUUGUCGGAGAGCGGCGUGUCAGCUGUUGGAGGAACAUUGCCACCCAACAGCUCUACCACUCCACUGUCCCUGGAGACGGGCUACUCCAGCCUAAGGCAGGACACACCCCAGUCCCAGGGAACCCCCCAUACCCCACGGCAGACUGGUACACCCUACUCUCAAGACUCCAAUUUCUCCAGUCGGCAGUCCACGCCAGCGUACCAGUCCAGCCGUGCCGAGAGCUCCGGAGGUUACAAAUCUCGCAGACAUGAGAGUAAGUUCCAGGACGCAUACAACCGCAGACCGGAGAGGCCUCAGUACCGCAGCAACAUGUACCGAAGUACGACGUCUGAACAAGCUCCCUUCAAACAGCACCAACUCACCCCACCUGAACCUCCACCUUCCACCCCUUCCUACACCUACACAGCGCCUCCCCCUGCUACGCCCAACUUCAAGUCCGCCUUCUCGCCCUACCAGGCUCCUUUGCCCCCCGCGUUCCCCCCGUCAGAUCCUGCUUUCCAUCACCCAGCCCAAAGGGAGGGUGAGUACAUCCGACCGCCGCAGCCGCCUCUGGCAGCGGCCACUGACUUUUUACCCGUCAAGGAGAGACCAGAAACUCCUCCGAUCCCAGAGCCCCCGCCGGAGCCCGUGCCCCAUCCGACCACCCCUCCUCCUCAAACCCCAGAGCACUGCCCCUCACCUGGCUCCCCCACGCUCGAUCCAGAGCGCAAUAGCCUGGAUUCCCGCAUUGAGAUGCUCCUCAAGGGGAAAAGGACAAAACUGCUGCCGUUCCUGGAGGAGCGAGACUCGGACACUGAGGUGCGAAUGGAGGGGAGUCCCAUCUCCUCCUCGUCCUCUCAGCUAUCCCCAAUUCCCCCUUACACAAGUGGCUCCCAAGGCGGCCAGCAGAACUCCCGUCCCUCCAGCACGGGCUUGGAGGACAUCAGUCCGACCCCACUGCCAGACUCGGAAGAUGAAGAGCCGAUACCCGGAACUGCCUUGCUGAUCAAGAGAAUCACUUCUCCUGUGCAGGAGAAGAUGAGCAACAGUGACCUCAAAGAUGGACAUUUUCGAGGCCACACUCCCACUGAUAAAAUGGACACGGGUCAACAGUCGUCAGGAGAAGACAUGGAAAUCUCUGACGACGAGAUGCCCGGGACUCCGAUCACCAGUGGCGACUGUGGCAAGGGCAUCGUCAUAAACUCUGCUGUAUCCCCGAUGCAGACCAUUGCCAUCCCUCCUCCCGGCUUCCCCCCUCUCCCGCACCAGGCCGGCUUCCCGAUUUCGCAUCACCACCUCGCCGCUCACUCUGCCGUCACGGGACACCCCCACCUGGCCGGUCACCCUGCAGUGCCUCACCAUAUGCUGCCACCCAUGGGUCCCUACCCUCAUAGCAUGGUGCCGCUGGUGCAAAUGGAGCUGAUGAACUGCUUGCGGUGGGAACAGUGGAGCUCUGUUCCCAUGUCCUUCCAGAUGCAGCAGCAGAUGCUGAGUCGCUAUGCUCAGACCAGAGGGCCCUAUCCUUAUCCACAUUUUAUGGACGGUGGUGCGUCUGGGCCAUUCGGGGGACCCUAUGCGCCCCUGUCUAUGGGUGCUACACCUGCUGGUGGCGCAGCAGCACCCGGACAACAAUGGCAGCAUCCCAGUAUACCAAAGUUCAACCCUACUGUUCCUCCUCCUGGAUAUGAGACGAAAAAGGAGGAUCCCCACAAGGCCACUGUUGAGGGUGUGCUGCUGGUCAUUGUCAAGGAGCUGAAGGCCAUCAUGAAGAGGGACCUCAACCGCAAAAUGGUGGAGGUGGUGGCUUUUAGAGCCUUUGAUGACUGGUGGGAGAAGAAGGAACGCUCAGCAAAGGCGUCUUUGACUCCAGUGAAGGGUGCGGAGGGAAAGGAAGAAGAAAGACCCAAACCCAAAGAGACAAUGGGUUCAAGUCUGCUGGAGAACUGGAACAAAGGCGAGGGACUGGGCUACGAGGGAAUGGGCCUGGGAAUCGGUCUGCGAGGAGCCAUCCGCCUGCCCUCCUUCAAGGUCAAACGAAAGCCUGAGGCUGCAGCUGCAGGGGACAACAAACGAGCGCGACCAUCCACUCCAGUGGAUGACGACCUGGAGGAUGAAGACCGGGAUCGAGACCCAGCCGAGCUCCCGUCAGACGAUUCCAAAAUGGAUGCCGACAGUGCAUCUGCAAAGCGACGGCACUCCCGGCCACUUGAACUGGACAGCGAGGGCGAGGAGGAGGUGGACACGUCAGAAAAGGAAGAGGAGUCGUUGUCUGACAGGGAGGAGCCUGAUGAGACAGAGGCUGCAGAUAGGCUGUCAUCAGGCAAAGAGAGUGGCGAUGAGGAGGGUGAUGAUGAAGACUCAUCCAGCGAGAGCGCUUCCUCAGAUUCAUCUGAUGACGAAGCUGAGAGUUCAUCCUCCUCCAAGAGCAGCUCAGACUCUUCAGCAGCAAGUUCAGACUCCUCAGAGUACGAGAUGAGCUCGGAAGAGGAAGGGGAUGAGGAGGAAGAAAAGGAAGAGGAUGCAAUGGCACAAGAUGUGGAGGCUGAAGGCAAAGUGGCCAUGACCUCCUCGUCCUCUUCAUCCUCUUCAACCUCUUCUUCGGAUGAAGAGGAUGCACAGGCAGAGACCGUGGCACCGAGCCCACCUGCGCGACCGGUCCCAGAGGACAAGGAGGAGCAGAGGAGCAGAGAGGAGCCGAGCAGCAAGCUCAAACGCAGACCUCCAAGUCCUGAGGAGGAGGUGAUGGAGCAUCCGAAGCCGCCAUCACCCAAAGGCCUCCCACUCAAAGAGCGAGACAUCAGCGUAGACGGCAGCGUUCCUGUAGUGAAGUCCGAACCUCAGGAGCAUGUAGCGAACCUUCGGCCACCCACUCCCACAGGUGCCCUGCCCGACAGCGACCAGGACACAAAACCCAAAGGUAAAGCAGAGCCUGAAGAAGUACCCUGCACCCCUGGGCGAUUAAUCCCACCCCACAUAGAUGCAAACACACCUGUCCCCAAAUCUGCCUCUGCAUCUUUAAUGCACCUCCCCCUCCCUCCUCACCCGGCGGUAGAAGGUCGUUCCCUCCUUCAUCCACCCCCUGGUCCCCUGCCUGAGCUCCCCCAGCGGCCCCGGCUCCCCACAGAUGAGGAUAUCCCCCGCACGCCAGGCAGGGACCUGAUGGAGCGUGCCCGAAGUCUGGGCAAGUCCCAGAGCACGGACACUGUUCCCAUCACACCUGGUAGUGAUGCCCCGCUGACGGGCAGCAGCCUGUUGCUCAGCUCCCCUCACAUCCCCGGUAGUCCCUUCUCCUACCCUUCACAGUCCCCUGUCCUUAGCGCUGGAGUCCCCCGCACUCCAGGAAGAGACUUAACCUUCACCCCUGUCUUCCCUGACCCCGCAGCACUGACGCUUAAUAGGAAAAUAUCCUCUGAGAGCCUGGACGAUAGACCUGUUUUUAAGGAGCCGCCCAUCAGCGCUCUGCCUAACCAGGCUCUGUCAGCUGGCGCAGAGCAUUCAGCCAGUGUCCCUGAAGAUCUGCCCACUUGCCUCACUGUCGACGUCCCUGUGCCAUCAGAUACUGCAGCAUCAAAGAGGAAACCUGGACGACCCAAAGUCAAAAAGACGCCAGCUGUCUCUGCAGCUGACGAGUCUUUGGAGCUAUCCUCUGAGUCCAUCCCUCCGCCUCACCAAACACAUCUCGGCGAUGUAUCCACAGAAACGAUAUCCGCCAAGUCCCCCAGCCACCCGAGCCUGGACUUCCGGGAAGGAGAGGUGAAGCCCCAGACGGUCCUGCCCGCUGAGGACGGCUUCCUGCCCUAUGAAGAAGAGCCACCUGUGGUCGUGAAGCCUCCACGGAGGGCGCGGCGAGGCUGGGAAGAGCUGCUGCUGGGCAGCCUGUCCCCUGUCACCUCACCUCCCCGGCCAUACUUCACCCCACGCUCAGAGUUUGAGGAGAUGACCAUCCUGUAUGACAUCUGGAACGAAGGCAUAGAUGACGAAGACAUACGGCUUCUGCAGAUCACGUAUGAUAAGAUGCUCCAACAGGAUAAUGGCAAUGACUGGCUCAACGACACGCUCUGGGUCAACCAUCCUCCUACCAACAUCCCUGGAGUAAAGAAAAAGAGACGAGACGAUGGCAUGAGGGACCACAUAACCGGCUGUGCGCGUAGCGAGGGGUACUAAAAGAUCGACAAGAAGGACAAGAUAAAGUACCUUCAGAGCACAAAGCUGCAGUCAGAGGAGCCACCGGUCGACACACAGGGUAUGAGUAUUCCUGCACAGGUCCACGCCUCUACCCGGGCUGGCUCGGAGCGGCGGUCGGAGCAGAGACGUUUACUAUCCUCGUUCGCAUGUGACAGUGACCUGCUGAAAUUUAACCAGCUGAAG